AAGUGAUGUGCCAUAUGUUAAGCGGAUGUAUCAGUAAAUUGCUUUUGUUUGCCAAUUAGGCGACACAUCUUCAGAGAUGUACUCCUUUGACAUGACAUCGACAGCUAAUAUAGAGAACAGUAAUUCAACCAAUUUUAAUGUCAACACAAAUGUUAUGUCAUUUUCCAGAAGAUGUACUGAUAAUAGACAAGAGUGUGACGAUUUGAAUGGUGUGCCCACAACGCCAGUGCCAUAUGGUAUAUACAUGGGGUCGUCACCCACUGGAGCGCAAACAAUGAUGAGCCCAUCAUCUAUAGUCUCCAACUGUGAAGCACAUCAACAGAUGCGUCAAACAAGCCUACGAAAGACUCAGUCAUACAAAGCCAGACAUGGGUCCAGUGCUGGUGCUCUCAAUGAGGAUAACUCGACUAAUGGUAACACAUCCACACCGAUGGCACACCUGACUCGUGAGGAAAGACGUCGCCGAAGAAGAGCCACUCAGAAGUAUAGGUUGGCUCACGCGACCAGAGAGCGGAUUCGGGUCGAGGCCUUUAAUGUUGCCUUUUCACAUCUGAGACACCUCUUGCCAACCCUACCACCGGACAAGAAAUUAUCCAAAAUAGAGAUCCUUCGACUGGCCAUCUGUUACAUCGCAUAUCUUAAUCAUGUUUUGGACGCUUAGUUUUAUUGAUUGUCUAAUCCGAAAGAGAAUUAUAUGUAAAAUAUUAUAAUUGUUUUGAAAUGAAGAAGAAAAUUUCAAAAGCAAAUCAUAUAAAAGUCAAAUAAUAUGUUUGAAACCAACCGAUCAAAGA